UAAAUGGGAAACACUGCCGUACCCUCCUGACCAAGGUAAAUCGCAGCCGCCAUCUUGACCUGCAUUUCGGUCGUUCUGGAGAAGUGAAUAGUAUUUGUUUGCACCACUUUAGCUGUUCACGUGCAAUUUGUGUGCAUGUGUUUGUAUAGGCUGUUGAGGAGUUGGUCAUGAUGGGAAUUUAGCUGAGCGGGUAUGUCAGAAAUGUGCAUUUGCAUGCAAUUUGAUUGUUUUCCAUGCACUUGAGCUGAGUACAAAAAGGGGACUUCCUUUGUUCAGCGCUGCCGAUACGAUCACAUAUUUUCACUUUUUCUGCUUAUUUUACAAAGGUCCAUAUGUCACACGUAAGUCAGGGGGAUGGAUACAGUGGGUGACAAGAGAAACACUUUGGAUGAAGCAUUAGAUUUAGCUGACAGUGUGUUGAACAAUUCUGCUCUUACCACUAUAUCUCUCGGUGACAGCGGCCCGUCAGUCAGCUGUGGAGGUUCUCCAGCUGAUCCAAUUGCAGGUUCAACGAUCGCAACAACUUCAGGGGUUUCUCCCAUACUUGACUGUCCCUCUACCACGUCUCAAAGAAUCACGCUGGAAGCCGACAGCAAUCUCGGGACUGCUGAUUUCAACAGUCCUAAGCAGUCAUUUGUACCUUGCAAGGUAUGUGGCGACCGGGCCUCAGGCUAUCAUUAUGGCGUCACUUCCUGUGAAGGAUGCAAGGGCUUCUUCCGCAGAAGUAUACAAAAGCAGAUCGAGUACCGCUGUUUACGAGACGGGAAAUGUAUGGUCAUUCGACUCAAUCGCAACCGCUGUCAGUAUUGCCGAUUCAAGAAAUGUCUAGCUGUGGGAAUGUCUCGGGACUCUGUUCGAUAUGGGCGAGUCCCGAAACGCUCCAAGAGUCAGGAUGACCAACGUGUGAGCUCCACUGACUCCAGCCAGGAUCAGACAGCCCUGGAAAACAAACAGUUGGCCAUCUACGAUGUGAUCCUCAGCAUCUCACAGGCCCAUCACACGCACUGUGGCCUCACCGAGGACAAGAUCAAGGUCAUUCAGAGAAAACCAGCAACACUGAUGCAGCAGAUCAAGAUACCAGAGCAGCCAGUACAGUUCACAGCGGAGGAGCUGGAGGCCCAGAGACUCCUGAUGUGGCAGCACCUCUCUACCCUCAUCACUCCCUCUAUACAGAGUGUGGUAGAGUUCGCUAAGAGAGUGCCAGGUUUCUCAGAGCUGUCCCAAGAUGACCAACUGAUAUUAAUCAAGACGGGUUUCUUUGAGAUCUGGCUCACUCGCAUGGCCCGAAUGUUCAACAAGGAAGAGAACUCUGUUACCUUUGAGGACGGGAGUAUUAUACCCAAAGAUGAACUAGAUGUUGUGUACUCACCUGAAUUUGUGUCGUCCAUGUUCGAUGUUGCUGCCAGCUUUAAUAUCCUAAACCUCAAUGAUACAGAAGUGGGCCUCUUCACAGGCAUUGUGUUAAGUUCAGCUGAUCGACAAGGCCUGUCAGAUUCCAAAUCUGUUGAAAAAAUUCAGGACAAUUUGAUAGAAGCUUUAAAACUUCAGGUUAGCCGGAACCAUUCCACAGAGGAGAAUCUGUUUGCCUCCAUCAUAAUGAAACUCCCUGAACUGAGAACCCUCGGGUCAAAACACCAGGAAACAUUGAAAUGGUACCGAGGACACUGGGAACAUGUGGCCCUGCCACCUUUGUUUUCUGAGAUUUAUGACAUACCAAAGGCAGAGGAAGAUGUGGCGCCAUAGGUGGCUAUGCCAAGGGAGAUAACUCAAGUGUUCAAAUGGGGAAAACUCCAGAAUAUUUAGGCCCUGAUUGAAGACUUCGUUCAAAACUGACUGCUGCACUGAUUGUAGAGCAGUACUGAACUAAAUGUGAGGGUGCAUGUAAAUUGGGAUUUGUAGACGUAUCGCUGUGAGUGGAAAGGGAGAUUAUUCUGUGUGUUUUCAUUCAUCGGUGGUAUUUGGAUAAAAGGUUUCACCAAUAUUUUCAAAGAGGUCUUUUUCUGAGUGAUGUUUGGCAUUACUGUAGGUGGAGAUUUUGUGAAAGAAGAUUCCUGGCAGAUGAAGAAGAAUUCCAUGGCCUCUUGUCAACCUGUGUCAAUAUCCUUGAAGUUCGUUGUUGGUAGUGCUGCCUGGAAUUACCUGUAAACCCAGUCACUGCCUUUAUCAACUUUGUUACAUCGAAAGAAGACAAAAGAAAUAUUUUGUCAGGAAAUGUGUUCCUUUUUUGUUUUUCCCCAUUUUGUUACAGAAAUGGGCUAUUUUUAUAGUCCGCAUAUCAGUGCUGCUUAUCUUGUUUGCAGUUUCAUGGUGGAACAGGAAGGGAAGGAAGACAACUCUCAAUGAAAGGGAGACAACUCUCAAUGUAAGAAAGACAA